AUGGAUUCAAUGAAAGACCAGAAGAAGAAUGCGGAGCGACUCGCACGGGUUCGUGAGAACCAGCGCAAGAGUCGAGCCCGGAAGCAGGAGUACGUGAAUGAGUUAGAGCAGCGCCUAGCGGUAUAUAAAGAACAAGCCCACCAAAAAGACAUUGAGCACCGACUUGCGACGCAAAAGGUUGAAGCUGAAAAUCGGCAUUUGAAAGCUCUUCUGGCAUCACUGGGAGUUUCGGGUGCUUCUGUCCAGCAGUAUCUGCAGGAAGCGGAUACGGGAGCAAACAUCAACCGGAAGGUUGCUAUCCCCGCCAUUCAGCGCGUAGGGGGAGAUAAUCCUCUGUCCCUAGCACGUCGGGAUACUCGCAGAUCGAAUUUGUCAAUGGCAGUGCCUCGCGUCUACAAAGAGGAACCAGAGACAACUGAAAUACCAGCGGCAGUCAGUAGUGCAUGUGCCUCGACAGCGGUGCAACCAACAGAUCAGCCAGAAGCAGCCAGGAGUGCAUGUGGUCCGACAAUGGUACAACAAACAGAUCAGCCAGAAGCUGUCGGGGGUGCAUGUGGCUCGACAGUGGUGCAGCAAACAGAUGAGCCACCACAACAAGCGCCACAAGAAGAAGAUCCGGCUUUGUGUGGAUGCCGAUCCGACAGACAGAACCGGGAAACGGUAUCUGAUGAAGAUGUGCUCAAUUCGACGCUGUGUGCCAUUGCAGAAGAAAUGAUCAACCAAUACAACACCAAAGGAGUUGAUGUCGAUGAGAUUCGACGAAGAAUUUGGUCUGGGUUCCGAGCAGGUGCAAAUGGCACAGGCUGCAGAGUUCAAAAUCACAUUCUGUUCCAAGUGCUAGACGAUAUCAGCAGUGAUGUUUGA